ACCCCGCCCCCCCCCCCGUGGCCGGUGUAGCAAUCGGCGGGGCCCGCGUGCCCUUUGGGGGCUACGUGGAGAUGGAAAUGCUAGUUUGGAUCCAGACUUAGUCUUGCUUAAGAGUAGACCCAUUGGAAUCGACGGGACCUCGGGCAGCCAUGAGGUCAUGGAUUUCGACGGGGCUUAUACAGCUUGCCUCAACCUGGCCUUUUCCCCAUAUGGCGUUGGAAAGUAGACCCCCCAUCAUCCCCCGCUGGGGUGGUUUGGUGGGGGGGGGCUGUAGGCCGAGACACUGGAAGGCGCCCCGCUGGGGCCGGCUAUAGAUCAUGCUGCCUGGGAAUGAUGGGAGUUGCAGCCUGAGAGUGGGAGCAGACUGGUCUGCUGGAAGCCCUCCCUGAAGUCGGUGUCGCCAGUGAGAUCAUUCGCAGCGACGGGCGGGGAGGGUCGGGCGUAUCGGUGCUCCGGUUUAUUGGUGAGCAAGAGGGGGACAUCUCGUCUCUGCCCACCCUGACCAAAGGCCGCCCUGAAAUGCCCACGCAUGCGGUCCCAGCUUCGCUUUGAAACCGGAGGAGUCUCCAGUCCAUCAGCCUGCACUUGCCAGUGACUGCGGAGUUGGGCCUGCCGAGUUUGCGGCCAGCAGGGGUGACGCGGGCCUUGACUGCACUGGGCGGACGAAAAUCGGAAAGAGCUUCCUGAACGGAAGAAACGAGUGGCAAAGACAAGUUCUAAAAGCUACUUCGUGGAGACGGUAACGCGAAUUGACACAUGAUUUGAAGGAGAGAGAGGUCAAAAACGGGAAAAGUGAAAGAUCUUGCAUCACUACGAAGAGAUGAAAAAUAUUAAGGAAGAAAAGCUGGAAGAGCCGCACAAUGUGGAUAGGAUAGCGGAUAGGAAACAUAUGCACACGUCCCUGGAAGAACCCUAAGACCAAUCUUGCAAGUGCAGCAUAGACUACAACCCUUACAUGGGACUAACCCCAGCAUGUUCUGAAGAAAUAAUGCACACAGGAUUGCCUUGUUGUGCUGCAGUCCAAAGCACAUUUACCUGAGACAGUGGAUUGCUUCAGGAAAUGGCCUCUUCUAAGUCCCGACUGAAUCUCCUGCCCUUUUCCUUUGGAUCAGUCAUUGGGUUUCUCUUAUGUUACUUUCUAUUUAGUUUAGUAUUGGAAGAACAAACUAAGGUUGAGCCUCAUAUCCUUUACAAUGAUCCUCAUGGCCAUCACUCAGAUGAUGAUGAAAGCAAUCAGUUGAAAGGACAAAUGAAUUUCAAUGCAGACACUGGGCAACACAAAGAUGAAAACAAAAAUAUUGCUGAAGAACUGUACCAGAAAGUAAGAAUUCUUUGUUGGGUGAUGACUGGUCCUCAGAAUCUAGAAAAGAAAGCCAAACAUGUCAAAGCUACUUGGGCCCAGCAUUGCAACAAAAUGCUGUUUAUGAGUUCUGAGGAGAAUAAAGACUUCCCAACAGUGGGGUUAGAAACCAAAGAAGGCAGGGACCAGUUAUACUGGAAAACCAUUAAAGCUUUCCAAUAUGUGCAUGAUCAUUAUCUUGAUGAAGCUGAUUGGUUCAUGAAGGCAGAUGAUGACACUUAUGUUGCACUAGACAACUUGAGAUGGCUUCUUUCAAAAUACAGUGCUGAAAAACCAAUUUAUUUUGGAAGAAGAUUUAAGCCUUUUGUGAAACAGGGCUACAUGAGUGGAGGUGCAGGCUAUGUUCUCAGCAAAGAAGCUCUGAAGAGGUUUGUGGAUGCUUUCAAAAACAACAAAUGUACUCAUAGCUCUUCUAUUGAAGACUUGGCAUUAGGCAAAUGCAUGGAGAGCAUUAAUGUAGAAGCUGGAGAUUCCAGGGAUACAAGUGGCAAGGAAACUUUCCAUCCAUUUGUGCCAGAGCACCAUUUAAUCAAAGGAUAUCUACCCAGAAAUUUUUGGUACUGGAAUUAUAACUACUACCCUCCUAUUGAGGGUCCUGGCUGCUGCUCUGACCUGGCAGUUUCCUUCCACUAUGUUGAUGCUAUCACUAUGUAUCAUCUGGAAUAUUUGAUCUAUCAUCUCCGUCCUUAUGGCUACCAAUUCAGGUUCAGUCCUGAUUCUCCUAAGGAUCUAGAAAAGCAAAAUUUCAGUGAAGCAGCAAAUGGCAAUGCAAAAUCUAAAGCUGAAGUAGAGAAUCUUCUGAAAGUCUCCAAAUAAGCCUUACAGAAUGGCAAAUGGACACAUUUGGCUUACAAUGGUUAGACUGAGUUGCUAAAUAUAUAUUUUAAAAAGUGUUCCUUGAAGUGGCUGUAGCCUGCAGGUUCUUUACUAAUCAUGAUGAUAGGAAUAUUUUGGAUGCCGUAAGACUGCAAGGCCAAGUCCAUAAGAGGCCAUGAAUAUUAAUUUUUGGUUCAAUAAUAUCUGCACACAAACUUUGUAUUGAAACAAAUGUUACUAUUCAGAUUCACACAUGGGUAUGUAGUAUUUCAGUCUGUUUUGUCAUGACACAAUGCUUUGCUUCGUAAAUUCUUAAACUAUGAUAGAAACCAAUGAGCACUUUGCUAAAGAUACUGAAGCAUAAAUGUGUGUUUAAGAAAAAAAAGCUGUAUCCUAUUAAGUCAACUGUGAAGAAAUAAGCCUCUUGCUUAGGUGCCAAUGUUCAAAUUUACAUCUCUAAAAAGAUAUAGUAUCAGGUGUCAUAUGGUUGAAUUGUUUGCUGCAUAGAAAAUCUCAGUGAUGCUUCAACUAUAGUAGAAGAACAGGUGGGAAAACAGAUGAGCAUUUUGAGCUCAUUGAAAUGGGCACAGGCUUCACUGGAGUAAUAAAUUUUAACAAAUAUUCAAAUUUCCUAAGAUUGUUGCUUCUGGAAAGUAUAGUAAUGUGCUAGCAGGAAAUUCAUAACGCAGUGUUAAUGCUGGUUUAGUGUUAUGGACCCUCUUAACAUUGAAAAUUGUUUCUAAGAAUAGGUACUGUUUCAUGUUUGCCAUUUUGCUUGUCCAGUAUUUUGAGUUUAGUUUCCAUUCUGAGUUAGAUGAUGAUAAUUAUCUAAGUCAAUUGCAAUCUGCUGUUUCUUGAGUGUUCUUGAGUGGUAUUGUUUUGGUUAAUUUAAAAUAUGGUUAUCUGAUUGUGUUGUACGUUGCAUUAGGUCACCUUUAAGCAGAGGCUUCUGUCUGCACAUGAAGGAGUUAACGUGCUUUAGUUUAAGCUAAACUAUGUUUUGCAAUUUUAUGGUAGCAAUUAUUCCCACAUAUUCGGUGUACUGUAUUUGCACAUUUGCUCUUACCUUGCUAUUUAGACUUUUUCAUAGAGUAGUUCUCAUAAAAAUGAUAAUCCAACACUUUGUUUCGGUCUGUCUUGAAUUCAUCAUAUUGAUGUUUAAGUUAAAACUAUGUUCCUAAUGAUGUUUGUAAAGUAUCCUAAACUCAUUUCUAUUUGCUUUAAAAAUGUGUUGCAACACAAUAGUGACUUACAGAAUUGUUUACUUAACAACUGCCUUUGUGCUUCUGUCUCUCUGAUGUUUAAGCAUGGGAUAAUUCUGUUUUUCCCAGUAUUGGUCUUAAGGAACUUGUAGUGCAAUCUUAAUAUUUAGUUUUAGAUAAGCAGAAUUUACCUCAGAUGAAAAGAACAAACAAGAUGUUACAUUGUUAUGCUAUGAAUUUGGCCUCCGGAGAUGUUCUGGAAACUAGAAUUAACAGACCGAUGGAAAGCUUUGCUCUAGAUGUGAAUUUAUGUUGACAUAUUUCUUCUUUGUUAUGUGAAUCAUAAGGGGAAAAGUGCAAAAAAUAAUAGACGGGCCAAAUUUUUAAAUAGCUCUGGUGACAGACAGUUUACUGAGACAAAUAUUAAGCAAUUUGCUUAUUAGCAAAUUAAUUUUAGGAUUAUGUGGUGUUUAACAAGAUUGUUAUUAACAAUGUCAAACGUAGUGUAUUCUCCAACUUCCUAGUACUUGUCUCUUCCCUUUGUACAUUUUGGCUUUAGUGGCACUCAUCUAUUUUAUCUACCUCAAAGUAUUUUUUCCCAAGUACCCAGUGUAAAUUGCUAAAGUUAAUUGUGUGAUUAAUCUGGGAGAAAAGAAAUAUUCUAAGGUGGUUUUUUCAUGUUUAGUAAUAGUUAGAUUAUUAUUCUUUCAAUCAUCAAAGCAGGUGGUUGAGAAUCCAUGGAUCUGAAGCAAAAUGCAGCCACCCAAAAUUCUGUAGUGAUUUCUGUAUUCUUGGAAGAUUCUGUAGGUAUGCAGAAAUAUAUAUAUCCUUAUGUCUGAUGUACAGAAUGUUGAGACAUUGGUUGAAAGAAGAGAGUGUUGGUGGCAGAGAAAAGUAGGCAUACAUCAGUUCUAGCCCUCAGCAGCUUGUACAAGUAUCUGGAGAGGACAAGUUAUUAGCUUUAGGAAGAAAGCAAGCUAUGAAGUGCAAAGAAACCCUCCCAUCUCCACCUGUAGUAGGAUGUUGCAGAAGGAAGGAAAGGGCUCCCUGAUGCCAUUUCACUUUCCUUUUCUCCCAACAAGCCUUCCACGCUCCUACACAUGCACAAAGUAGAGCUAUAAAACUUUUUUUCCCUGACCACGAGUGCCUUUAGUAUGAAGAGACCUAACAGGAUAUGAUGUGAGGAAUAGCUUAAAAUGCGGGGUUUGUAUUGAUACUUCUCUAUCACUAUUUUCUUUAAAUUGCUGUCUUUCAGUUUUAUUUUUCAUAUUGAGAUGCAGGAAAGAAUCCAUUUGCCAAAUUCAGAAGCUGAACAACUUAGAACUUCUCACCACAUCCCUGCUUUUAUUCUAGGAAAUAGAAAUUACAGUUUUUGAUUAAAUAUUUUGUAUCUUUAAUAACCCAGAACCAUGCCUGAAGGUACAAGGUUAUCUUUUGGGCAUUAUGUUUGCCACAAACUGUUGCAUCUAUAAUUGCAUCAAUUACUUAGCUGGACUUUAAUCUUGACCUGUAAUUCUUUUGUAUUAUUCUGUUGUAUACUAUGUAAUGUAUUUGUUGAACUUCAGUGUCAAAACAUUCCAAUUCUGUUCACUUACUCAUUAAGGCUUCUCUUGACUUUUCGUAAACUAUUUUACACUAUCAGUUAAUUGAAAAUAAAUUCCAAAUUACUUCAUUGUUAGUAUGCUAAUGCUGUUUUUGUAUUGCAUUAAUCAUUCUUUUGGCAUCUUUGUCAUUCAGUUUAAAAGAAAUCAAGUUCCGUUACAAGAUCUUACUAUGGUGAAAGUAUAGACUGGCCCCAUCCUUGAUCUGUCUAUUUUAAAUUGAACCAUAUUCAGCAACUUCUAAAGCUUAUUCUUUAUCUGGUACUAAUGAAGCAAAUGUUGUGAACAUUCAUAUAUAAAUCAGAUUCAUCUUAAUGUAUAAUGUGUACAACAUACUGUAUAAAUCUUACUAGAAACAUUUGAAAAAAAUCACAACUGCUGAGUAGUAUAUUCAUGUGAAAAUAGUAAAUGCUUGCGUUAUAAGUGACAGGUGGGAAAAUGACAUAGCAAACUGUGCUUGACUUUUUUUAAUGUGAUCAACAAAUUACUAUUUUAAAUAAUACCUUGGAAGUGCCUUUCACCAGUGUUUAAAAUAAUUGCUAAAAUAAUGAGAAGCAUACAAAUAAAUAACUUACCACAAUUACAAAA